AUGAUUUCUAUGAAAUCCACAUUUUGCAUUGGGAAUCGGCUGCCUUUAGACAGCAGCAAUAGUUUCCAUAGCAAUAACAGCCAAGAAGAGUACAAGAUCCAAAUGAUGAUCGUUGCUGCCUGUGAUUUAUUGGAAAAACUGGUUGCUAUUUACUUUCAAGGCGCCAAAAAAACGAAAAAAUUUCAUGAAGAAUUUCUAGCGUUGUGGUUAAAUGUAUUGGAGAAAUCUUAUCAAGAUGGUGGUAGUCCCUAUUGUGUCAAUGACACGGCUAAACGGUUACGAAAGCUCCCCUUUAUUGUUCCUGAAUUUUAUAAUUGCAAGUCUAGAUUUAAAAUGAAACUUUAA